AUGGGAACAGAGGUGGGGAAGGAAGUGAAGGCAGGUUGGCUGACUGUGGUGCUGGUUCUGGUUGCUGCAGCCUGGGCAGAGGAGCAGAACAAGGUGGUGCAUGGUGGACCCUGUGAGGGGACUUCUCACCCCUACCAAGCUGCCCUCUACAUCUCAGGCCACUUGCUCUGCGGCGGGGUCCUCAUUCACCCACUGUGGGUCCUCACAGCUGCCCACUGCAAAAAACCGAACCUUCAGGUCUACCUGGGGAAGCACAACCUUCAGCAAAGAGAGAGUUCCCAGGAGCAGAGCUCUGUCGUCCGGUCUGUGACCCACCCUGGCUACAAUGCUCCCACCCAUGACCAGGACAUCAUGCUGUUGCGCCUGGCACGUCCCGCCCAACUCUCUGAACACAUCCAGCCCCUGCCCCUGGAGAGGGACUGCUCAUCCAACCACACCAGCUGCCAGAUCCUGGGCUGGGGAAAGACAGCAGACGGUAGUUUCCCUGACACCAUCCAAUGUGCGCACGUCUACCUGGUGCCCCGUGAGGAGUGUGAGCGCGCCUACCCUGACCAGAUCACCCCAAACAUGGUGUGCGCUGGCGAUGAGAAGCACGGCAAGGAUUCCUGCCAGGUGAGGCAACCGGGACCUGCCGGUGACACAGACAAGGAGAGCGGCACAAAAACACAGCUGGAGACGGUAUGA